CUUCGACCAAGCUGUGACUGCGGACAACAUGGGCAUUCAGAGGUUCCAGCAACAGCUCCUGCAACCUCUCAUUGAGUCCAUAGGUGAAGGCUACAGUGGCUCCCUGCUCCUUUGUGGAGCCUCCAUGGAGAACGUCAGCAGUCUGGUUGACCAUGUCAUCAUUAGACAGGUGUUGAUAAAUGUAUUGAAUCAUGUGAUGUCAGAAGUGAAAAGGGAACUGUUUAUCUCAGUAUCCUUCCUCCAGUUUGAUCCAGAUGGAAGUGGUGUGGACCUCUUGAGCCCUGAGUCUAACAGUCUAGAACUUGUCCUUCAUCCAGUCCUGGGAGCUGUUAUCAGCGAUUUAAGCGAGGUGUGCGUGGGCUCUGCGGAGGAAGCGUACGCUGUGUAUAAGACAUGCAGGGAAGAAGCACCGAAGGCCAAUGAAGCGCUACGCUCCGGUUCACUGCAGUUCACAAUGACCGUGGAAUGGAAACUCCAUACAGGUGAGACGGACUCACCUCAGUUUUGUCGCAGCAGGUUCCAGGUCUUCAAUCUGGUGGGCGGAGCUUGCAGGAGCGACCCCACAAGGGUGAGCCCAUUGUUGAAGGUGGUGGAGCAGACCCCCGGUGAAGAAACUAAAACAGAGCCGCUCCUGCCUUUCCUUGUACGUGACGCUCUAACAGGAACUAGCAAGACGCUUCUCAUCUACUGCAUCCGACCAGAUGGUCAAAGAUCAGUCGUGGGAGAAGAGGAGGAAAGAAUCAGAGAGGAUUCAACUCAAGCUCCAUGGGGUCGGGUGCCAAGCGGACAGACAUUUAUCUGAUACUGAACCCAGCCAGGGUUCAGACGCCGUGAAACGCUUCCAGGAAGAGCUGCGACAGGAAAUGGAAGCUCAUAUCAAAGAAGACAAAGAGAGCGCAGAGAAAGUCCAGCAGAGGCUAACAAAGAUCCUGCAACUCAAGGAAGCUCUCAGAAAGAACACGGAGAAGAACAUGUCUCCAGUAAAAUGUGACCUCUGCCUCCAA